GUGGUUGAAAGCGAAUGAGGUGAGCAAAGACUGCCGUGAUCGGGUCGUGCUGAAGAUGCGCGAGCGUGCAGACAAGGCUUCCGACAAGGCCGCGAGGCUCGAACGCCGGCUGCAGAGGCUGAAGACGGAAAAGGCCUCUGAAGAGGAAAUCUCGCAGGCAGUUCACUCCCUCAGGAAGCUUGCCAGGGAUAUCGAGAAGCUGUGUCCGAAAACGACUAUCGAUGACAAUAUCGCGCAUCACGUUCGGCGUGCAACAGCAGAGAAGCUUCGCCACCUUCUGUCGAUUUGGGAGCCUUUGUUACCGCCCAGCGUCGUUGAGGAGGAGGAUGAAUGCUACGUGUACAACGACGAUGACGACGAGAGCAUUGAGGCUUGCUACAGUUCUCCAUAUCUCUCUCCAAUGAUGUCCGCCAGCUUGAGCGCGGAGGCUGAUGAGCUCAGGGAGCUCAAGGCGACGGUACUCCAAGAGUCCCAGGAUGCGAUCUCGUCCACGGCCGCCUCGUCCACGCAGUCGGUCAUUGUCUCUUUGUAA